AUGGCUGAAGACAUAUUGUUUCGAAAACAACAAGAAUGUCCAUCAGAUGAUAUAAAUUACGAUGAAAAUAUUUUUAAUGAAGCUUUACUUGAGUUGAAUAAAGUGGUGCAAUCAGUUUCUGAUCUGAAUACCAAUACUGAAUACUUGCGAGAGACGUCCUACGAUAGUUUCCGUCUAUUACAGGUCGUUCAAAAUGAGAGACGUUUAAACUCUGAUCAGAAAACGGUUUAUGACGCAGUAAUGACAUCUAUUAAUAAUUACGAAGGCAAAACAUUUUUCCUUGAUGCCCCUGGUGGUUCAGGAAAAACAUUUUUAAUUAAUUUAUUGCUCGCCAAAAUAAGAACAGACAGAAAAAUCGCUCUUGCUGUGGCUUCAUCUGGAAUUGCAGCUACGCUUUUAGAAGGUGAUAGAACUGCGCAUUCCACUUUCAAGAUCCCGCUAAAAAUGUCCUACGAUGACACAUCAAGUGUCUGUAAUAUAUCCAAACAAAGCAACACUGCUCAAUUGAUGCGGGAUUGUGUGUUCAUUGUUUGGGACGAAGCAUCUAUGUCCCACAAAAGUUCGGUUGAGGCAUUGGAUAGAACCUUGUGGGACUUACGUAAUAAAAAUACAUUAAUGGGUGGCUGUACAGUCUUAUUUUCUGGAAAUUUUCGUCAAAUCUUGCCAGUUGUAUCACUGACUAGAAAUGGUAAAAUUGAUCUGUCUGAGCUUUGUUUUUUGAUAUCUAAUUUGCUGGACCUAAUUGAAAAUGUUUACCCAGAUUUACCUAAUAUUUCGACUAAAACGUCAAGUUGGCUUCAAGAAAGAGCAAUAUUGUCACCAACUAACGAUCAAGUCAAUAAAAUAAAUGACAUGAUGCUGUUAAAAUUCAAUGCACCAACAAAAGUUUACUAUUCCAUUGACACUGUUUUAGAUGCAGAGGAGGCGAUACAUUAUCCAACUGAAUUUUUAAAUUCUUUAUCUCUUUCAGGGACCCCACCACACAAAUUAAUUCUAAAAGUAGGUUCUCCUAUAAUUUUACUUCGUAACUUAAAUCCACCAAAAUUAUGCAACGGUACAAGAUUACAAAUAAAGUCUUUAAAAAACUGUCUGCUUGAGUGUAUAAUCCUUACUGGCUGUGGAGCUGGGGAAAUGGUCUUGAUUCCUAGAAUAUCAAUGAUACCAACCAAUUUGUCAUUCCAGUUCAAACGGCUCCAAUUUCCCGUGAAAUUAAGCUUUGCAGUGACUAUUAAUAAGGCACAAGGUCAAACAUUAAACUUUGCAGGUUUAGACUUAACCGUCCAAUGUUUUUCCCAUGGUCAAUUGUACGUAGCUCUGUCACGUGUCACAUGCAAACAAAAUCUAUUUGUGAUGGCCCCAGAAGGCGAGACACUUAACGUGGUGUAUCCAGAAAUAUUUAAUGCUUAA